UCAGUGCAACGUCUAAACCAAGUGAGCACAUCCCUCGACAGAGACAUUAGUGCAGGGUCAACUGAAACAGAGGGUUAAUUGCCUGCAAUAGACUGUUGCCAGUACGAAAGGAGCUCUUCAUUUGUAAAAGAGAAGACAGAUUGUACGGCAGUGAAGGGGCAGGAGCAGGCAGUAAGGAUCAGGAUGGAAACAGAAAGUAUGAUUUUCUCUGUGGACGGGCAGGAACAUGCAGUAAACAUCUGAAUCAAAACAGGAAAUAGAAUUUUCUCACACCCAUGCAAACGGCUGCAAGUAUCUGGAACGACUGAGGAUUCUGUACUGCUGAAUUGCUUUUGGCUACUGUGCUGUUUCAUGGAGAAUAAAGGUCAACGAGCUGCAGACAGUAAACAACUAUCUCAGAAAUUCAAGAUGUUUAGGAAGAAGAAGAAAAAGAUUCCCAAGGGAAUUUUAACAUCAUCCAGCCUUUCUGUGACAUGUGGCGAUAAAGUGGGAAUACUGCACAAAGAUAAACUGUGUGGAGGGUCAACCAAGUGCAUCUUUUCAAAUGGGAUCUGGAUGACACCUAAUGAAUUCCAAAAACAUGGAAGAUGUCAGAGUUACAAAAACUGGAAAAUCAGCAUCAGAUGUGAAGGCAUUUGUCUUAAAGAAUUAAUGAGGGAAAGGUACCUGAACAUUUCUAAACUUCCUCAGACUUCAAAAGCAAAAAAGAAUCUGGAAGCUCCUGAACUUCCUCAGACUUCAAAAGCAGUCAGCAAUGAAGAUUCUAACGUUGAUGCCAACAAAACAGUCAAGUUAGCCACAUCUGAUGUUGUGCCCGUGCAAUAUACGCUGCCUGUGUCAUGUGGAGAUUUUGAAGGAACGUUGCAUGUAAACCGUUUUGGGCAAGGUAACUGUGGAAAAUGCAUUCGAACCUCCAACAGAUGGUGCACUCCUUUGCAAUUCCUGGCUCUCAGUGGAGUCCCAGACUCCAACACCUGGGAUGCACAGAUCUGCGUAAGAGGAGAGCCCCUAAAUACUCUGUUACAGAAGAAACUCCUGAGUUUGCAUGAUGCUGGUUGCUGUUGUGACAUUUGCACUGACUGUGACUCCUCACAACAAAAUGAUGACGAGUGCAGCGUGUGUGGCGACGGUGGGGACCUGCUGUGCUGUGAGGAGUGUCCCCGUGCAUUUCACAGCAAUUGCCACGAGCCAUCCACAACAGCGAUGGAGUCCUUUAGUGAACCUUGGAUUUGCACAUUUUGCAAGAUGCAGCAGAUGCGGAAGCACAGUGAACCUCAACAGCUGCUGAGCUGCCAGUACUUCCUGCUCCAUGUUCUCUGUGACCCCAACAACGAGCUUUCUAUAAUUCAAAGCAAGCCUAAGGAACUGGAUCUCCUGAAGAAGCGACUCCACGAAAUGGAAGGUGGCAGUGGAGAAUGCCCGUGGAACUUCAUCAGUGAUGUCAUUCUGACUGUUAUAGGAGCUUACCCUCCUCAGAAGAGAGAGAAGGUGCGGGGCCUGUUAGAAAAGGAGUUCAAUCAGCUGAUGCUUUCCUGAGCAGCAUUUUCCAGCACUUCACUCAAUGGUACCGGAGGUUUCAAAUCUUGCAGCAGUUGCAUUUGUUUUUAAAACAUUACUUUAUAUGACAUUAUAUUUCUUUUAUUUUAUGCUAAGACUAUCAGGCAGCUUUAAGGCUAUUGUAGAAAGUAUUUUAGAUCGGCAAGAGCAGUUAUGAAGGGUAUCACAAUAUUUUAUAUGCAAUAAAAUGUUUCACAGUUUGGCAUGUAAUGUGCUUCACUACUUGGGAAUUACUUAACGGUGGUUUUAGUGAUGGGCGAAAUUCGCGAAACACAUCGAAAUUGACGACUGUCAAAAUUAUUUUGACGCCCAUUGACUUCAAAGUCACAGAUUCAUGUUUAAAAUGCUAAGCAGGCCCAAAGUCUGAUAAGGGCAGAUAAAAGAUGUUAGUAAUUGUAAGAAAUGUAGAAGUGUAUAAUUAUGGGGUUAAGGUUUUGGUGGCGUGGGAAGGAAUAGCAUUAUAGACUAUAGAGCUCGGAUCCCUAACCUUUUUUAUUUUUAUAACAUUUGGGUUUUUUUGUAAAGUUUUCAUAUGCAUAAAAUAAAAUCACAAUUAUACCAGAAUUAUUACACAUAAAUGUUUUUUACUUGUCAAAUGUUCACAUGCUAAAUAAAGGUGUGUACAAUA